CUCACUUGCUUGUUUGUAAUUUCCAUCCUUACCCUAGCACGAUGGGACUCCCUGUCGAGUUCCUGCUGAAUCCUGCACCCAGCCAGCAUGACGCUCGCGGUGGAGUGCUUCAACCAGCCAUCAUCGAGAUCCAAGAGCCCUUGCCAUCGCAGAUACGCCCCGCCCCGCUGCCUGUUAGGGAUCAGUACACCGCCCACGCAAUAUCCCCCCCGGCCAUCCAAUCAGCAGCUUCGUCAACGGCGACGCAUACGGAGUCAAACUCAGCUACACCCUCCGCCGCGGACGCCCAAUCGAUUGACGGGUGGGCUGCUGAGGGCCUAGAUGUGCAGAAGCCGCUGAGAUCAGGGAUUGUUGCCGAGACUCGUCCUGGAUGUAGAACUGGGGACAAGCGAGACAGACUUGAGGACACUAGCGGAUGGCUCCGUUCAGUGAAGAAGGUGCGAGGAAACGCCCUAGAAGGGGGUCUGGAUCCUGGCGCCGAGAAACCUCGAACGUUUCUCCUCCGGCCCGACAUCCACUCUUCUCCGGGUCCUGGCUCUCCCUCUGCGUGUGUCUUCCCUUCCUACACUACGCCAGCACCGUCUUCUACCAGCGUGACGACAUCGGUUCCCUUUCAAGCGCCGAAAGAAAAUUCUCACGCAUCCUGCCGAGCCCUCAAUGGGACAGCGGCGAUACAACCUAUACGGGUAGCAAGGCCAUGCCAAACUCCCAGUUCCCUGCACUAUAGGCAGAUGACUGUUACUCCGACUCUGCGAUGGCCAGGUGGGGAGCUUCAACGAGAGCGACAGUUAUCUCAGCCGCAACUCGAUUGGCUGCGUUUUCAACAGGAUUCGCAGGUGGUUAAAAGCCUUCCCCAGCGACUUGGUCUCCAUACGACAACGCGUCGAGGAUCUCAGCCUACAGGGACGGCUACUCCCUUCCCCGCUAGUAGGGUUCGAGGUUGUAAAUCAACAACACAGCAGACACCACGAGGAGUCCUUCAACAACAGAGUGCUACACAAGCGAGAGGUCCUAUGCUACAGUUUUGGCGUGGCAAAGCCACACAUUUAGGAAUGCCGUACAGUCCGUUGAAAAAGUCGAUGAUGAUGCCUCGACAUCAAACUCACCUUGGUAGCCCAGAGCGGGUAAUCGAGGACGGCGGGACGGAGCGGCUCUACCAGGCUGUCAAGUCACUCCCUAUCGGACCGGCGCCUAUUCCUCCGAGGAAUAACAAGGUCUACGAGUUUCGCUUCGAGGUCACGGCGCAGCAGUUUGCAUCCAAACUACAAACGGUUGGGGACGCUCUGCCGAUGGUCAAAUUCACUGGUGCGCUGCAAUGGCGAGUCAGGUGUUGCAAAGUCCCGAGUUCACUGACGACUCUUGUUGAGGAACAGUGGGCAACGCUGGAAGUCAAUUGGCCGCCUCACAUAUUCAUAUCACUCAAUCAUCAGGCUCUUGACAUCCGCAGACAAACACACGACAGGAAAGACCCUGCUGUAGAAGCUACCGACUUCAUUAUCUGCGGCACGAACGUGCUCAGGAUUGUUCUUCUAAACACAGGGAGGGAGGAGGCAAUGGACCACUUCGUCGCCGUCGAACUGCUAGAGGCUCUUACCCGACCUAGCAUCGUCAACUUUAUCUGGUCUCAGGGCCUAAUCCCUGAGGAAGAGACCCUCGAGACGAUCAAACAGCGCUUGACCAGCGACCCCGAUGACGAUGUCUUCUGUGAGACACCCGACUUGUCGCUCGAUCUAGCGGAUCCUUUUAGCUCUACUAUCUUCAAGAUACCUGCACGCGGCAUCGCAUGCACUCAUAUAGAGUGUUUUGACCUGGAGACCUGGCUCGACACACGACCUUCCGAGCCGAGGACUAAGUGUCCACAUUGGCAGGCCAAAUGCGCCUGCUCCAACACGCCAGAGCUGUCGAGCCCAGAGAAAUGGCGGUGUCCAAUCUGCUCGAAGGACGCGAGGCCGUACAGUCUGCGUAUAGAUGGGUUUCUCCUAAAGGUGCGCCAGCAGCUAGAGAAAGAGGGGAAGGUGCAGGCCAAGUGUACUAUACGUGUUGGGGUGGACGGAACGUGGUCGGUUUUUCCCUACCCUUGAACGGCGCAGUCAAGCCUGCAGCAGCAAUGAUAUAAGCGGUGUUCCGCCCUAGUUUACUAAGUGAG